UGGAUAAUUAUUAGUUUUGAAUUAUAAACGAGGUUUAAAUAUGGGCCCAUAUAGGGCUCUAACGAAGGCCCACUAGACUCGUACGCUUUUUGCGUUCUUUUAUUUAAUUAAAGAAGAAAAAGGCUACACUUAGUGCCAAAUAAGCAGCGAGGUGGCGCCAGAUUAUAGCUCCACGACAUUUGUACGAGAAUGAUAUUUGUCCGACUCGGUCCAGCCUGCAAACGGUAAUCAGUGUCCGUACAGGUUAAAAGCUCACCCGUCAUCCUAUAAGAAUAACGAAAAUGACGGAUUUACCCAUCUGCUCUACAUCUACCUUAUUACACGACAACUCUUGACGCGAAGCUCGUCAUUCUUUUGCUUCCACAAGAGAGUUUGUCAUUUUUGAAAAUGGCGGCGAUGAGAUACAAAGGAGGCGUUCUCAUCACAAUCAUCUUCUUCUCCAUCGUUCUUUCUCCAUGCUCACUUGCUCACUCUUCUUCUACAAAAUCGUUCUUUUGGCUAGGAGAAAGAGAAGAUAUGAAAGCCAUGAAGAAGGAGAAUGAGAUUGGUGUUGUUGGAUCAGCUAAUGAAGUUGAAGAAAGACAAGCCGGCCCUGGAUCUGACCCUCUUCAUCAUAAACGCAUUCCAUUUACUUCUCCGUAG